AAUGCUCCACGUCACCUGGCUGAAAAGAUGGCCGUCGUGUAGUGAAUGUUUGACAAAUUUAUUUACCGUGAGUGAACUUGCUAGGGUACCGUUUAUAUAUAAUUGCACGCUUUAUGCAAUUUCUUGUGUGUGAAUCUUUCUAGAAACCGGCUACGUGUUUUGCUUUAACGCAAAACUGCAAACUCGUAAACAUUCUUAAAGUGAUCGUAGCCAUUCAGGUCUAAACACAACCACAACAAUGGCUAACGCUAUCAAGCAAGUCAUCAAUGAGGUGGCUGAGAAAGUCAAAAUGCCAUCCACGCCCACUCGACUGAGGGAUUUGAUCCGUCAGAUCAGAGCUGCAAGGACGGCUGCAGAGGAGAGAGCUGUAGUGAACAAAGAAUGUGCAUACAUCAGGUCAUCCUUCCGGGAAGAAGACUCUCAGUGGAGGUGUCGAAAUGUGGCAAAACUUCUCUACAUUCACAUGCUUGGCUACCCAGCUCAUUUUGGUCAGCUGGAGUGCCUCAACCUCAUUGCCUCUCCAAGGUUCACUGAUAAACGAAUUGGAUACCUUGGGGCAAUGUUGCUGCUUGAUGAACGUCAAGAUAUUCAUGUUCUCAUCACCAACUCCUUGAAAAAUGACUUAAACAGCCCCGUCCAGUUCAUUGUUGGCUUGGCCUUGUGCACUCUGGGUGCCAUUGCUUCGCCAGAAAUGUCACGUGAUUUGGCCUCUGAAGUUGAGCGGUUGCUCAAGUCCACCAACGCCUACCUAAGGAAGAAGGCGGCCUUGUGCGCUUUCCGAAUUAUCGGAAAGGUGCCUGAGCUCAUGGAAAUGUUUUUACCGGCUACUAGAUCCUUAAUCUCAGAUAAAAAUCACGGUGUUUUAAUUACGGGAGUUACACUCAUCAUCGAAAUGUGCGAACGGAGUCCAGACACUUUAAUCCAUUUUAAAAAGGAGCAUCGCGAGGUGGUACCCAGUCUAGUGCGCAUUCUCAAGAAUUUGAUUAUGGCAGGUUACUCACCAGAGCAUGACGUGUCUGGUGUGAGCGACCCCUUUUUACAGGUCAAGAUUUUGCGAUUGUUGCGAGUCUUGGGCCACAACGAUGCCGAAGCAUCGGAGGCGAUGAACGAUAUUUUAGCGCAGGUGGCUACCAAUACGGAAACGUCGAAAAACGUUGGCAACGCCAUUCUGUACGAGACAGUGCUAUCGAUCAUGCACAUCAAGUCUGAGAGUGGUUUGCGAGUGCUGGCCGUCAACAUUCUUGGUCGUUUUCUGCUCAAUAGCGAUAAGAAUAUACGAUACGUGGCGCUCAACACGUUGUUGCGCACCGUCCAUGCAGACAACUCGGCCGUCCAGCGACAUCGUGCCACUAUACUCGAGUGCCUUAAGGAUCCGGAUGUUUCGAUCAAGAGAAGGGCGCUGGAAUUGAGUUUUGCUCUAAUCAAUGGAUCAAAUAUCCGAGCAAUGAUGAAAGAGCUGCUAGCAUUUUUGGAGAAAUCUGAUGCGGAAUUUAAGGCGCAAUGCUCUUCUGGCAUAGUCAGUGCAACGGAGAGGUUUUCUCCUAAUCGACGGUGGCAUAUUGACACGCUUCUGAGAGUCCUCAUUGCGGCGGGCAACUUUCUACGAGACGACGUCGUUUCUAAUACCAUCCAAAUUAUUUCGGAAAGCACUUCACUCCAGGGCUACGCCGUGGGCCAGUUGUGGCGAGCUGUCAGUUGUUCUUCAGGAUCUUUACAACACGACGGGCAACCGGGAGAUCUUGACCUACAAGGGGCCACGUUGCCCAUUUCAGAACGUCAGCCAUUGGCCCAAGUUGCAUCGUGGUGUCUAGGUGAAUACGGCGAUAGUCUUAUCAAUGGACAUACCAAUGCCAACGAACAGGAAGAGCCCGUUGUUGCUGGGGAGGAUGAAGUGGUUGAUUUCAUUCAGGCCAUUCUAUCGUCUAGCCAAAGUACGAUCAUCACGAAGCAAUACGCAUUGACGGCUCUUACGAAGCUCAGCACACGUUUCAGCAUCACUGUCGGGCGAAUCGAGGAUAUCGUCAGUCGCUUUGGCACCCAUUUGAACGUGGAAUUGCAACAACGUGGUAUCGAAUAUGCCCAGUUGUUUACUAAGCACGUUGCUCUUCGUCCUGCCAUUAUGGAACGCAUACCGCCUAUGGAACAUAAAUCAUCACAACAGGGAUUGACGAACGGAAGUUCAGGUGGAGGAGGAACUUUAGUCAGCAAUGGCGACGACAACAUGUUAAUGGAUGAUUUAAGUUCGUUUACAACCACAAGCACGAGUCAUUCGGCACCAGCCACAAAAGAUUCGAAUUCUUUGCUCAAUCUACUGGGUGGAUUGGACAAUUUUGAUAAUGGGCCAUCGGCUCCGGUAUUUACCAACUCGAAAGCAUCAACUGCUCCAUCUACGUCCAAUCUGGAUCUGCUCGACUUGUUAGGUGGUUUGGACUUGAGUGGAUCAACCCUUUCUUCAGCUCCACUUAGCGGACCCCUCAUGACGACUCCAACAGGUUCUAGUACCAGCAGCUUAGUCAAUAAUAACUUGGCCAAUUUACUGAGUUCCCCAACGACCCAAAUGAGUGCCGCCGUCCCGCCUAGUUCUAAUUUCUUAAUCGACGGGUUCUUAGGGACUGCACCUACACCUUCACCAAAACUGCAAAACGUCACGGCCUAUGAUAAAAAUGGACUAAGAGUGGAUUUCUCUUUCGACCGCCCGGUCGACAACCCUAAUUUGGUGAUAGUCACGCUAACGGCCAGCUCAUCGUACGGUUCCACAGUGAGCGAUUUCCUCUUCCAGGCCGCCGUGCCGAAGACAUUCCAGCUUCAAAUGAUGCCUGCCUCGAGCACGGUUAUUACCUCUGGCAGUCCAGUCACCCAAGUCAUGCGCAUUCUCAACCCCACAAGAGCAGUACUAAAAAUGCGGAUCAAAUUGUCGUUUUCUCGAGACGGAAUGGCUGUUCAGGAUCAAGACGAAGUCAAAAACCUCCCAUCAGCCUUGUGGCAAUGAAUUUUUGUUUUUUAAAUCACAAGAUUUAAAAGAAAUAGCCAAAAACCCUCAAAAAAUGAAGAUUUGAGCGAAAAAAGGGUGAAAUGAU